CCCAGAAUGAAUGAAGGCAGGAUUCACUUUCUAUAAACCCUGCAUGGCGGGGUAUAGCAGCAGUGUUAGUGGGGCGCUCACCUCCUGUACACCCCCGUCAUGUUGCUGGGCCAUGGCCAACAGCAUCCCGUCAAAGCGCUCAUCCUCGGCCGCCCCAGCCAUAGCUCUGCACACACAGCCACACGCUGCUCUACUACCGGGAGCCUCAGUUCCACUUCCUACCGCCGGCAGCCAAUCAGCGUGAGGCAGGGUUGCUAUAGUGACCGAUACAGCGGCCAACUGACAGAAUCCCCUACUGGCCUAUCCCAAUCACCAACACUCCAUAACGCGAGGCAGCAGCCAAUCGCAGAGCGGACAAGCGGCUAUUGCGCUCGGUGAGCUUCGCCUUCGGUACACCCCGCACGCGUUUAUCGGCGAACGUUCCAGAAAGGCCGCACUGUAGUCUUUGGUAAGAUGGAGUGCGCCCGCGUGACAAGGGUUCGCCCCUCCCAUUAAGAAGGCUACCCGUGUCCCCCACUAAGAUGGCGCCGAGCUAGUACGUUGUAUUCUUUACCAAGAUGGCGGCGGUCACUUCCUGUAGCAUGAUGGCCGGCCCGGAUAGCUCGGUUCUGUUCUUGAUUAGUGGGAUUCCGCACACGUUUCGCUCGGCCCAACUACGCAACUAUUUCAGUCAGUUCGCGGAGAGUGCGGGAUUCGUGUGUUUUCACUUCCGCCACCGGCCGGAAAGACGGGGAGCAGCUAAUGGGGGGACCUGCUGCUGCCCGGUGACUGUCCGAGCGGAGAGGGCACGGAGCUUCGUGACAAUGUACAACGGGAAACCAUGGCUGGAUGCAGGCGGGAGCCAGCUCCCUGGGCGCUGUGUGAUCCGGGGGGUUCAGGAGGCGCCAGAGAAAGGUACGAGUCCAGGCCUUAGUGUGGGUGUUAAUCCACUCUGUGUCUGUGUGUUUGUUUUAUUAACCUCCAUUUGGUAUCUGACGCCAUGUGAACGAUGGGACAAAUGAGUUCACACACACACUAUGUAUUGAGGGUUUUAAUAGGAACACUGUAGGCACCCAACACUUCAGCUCAUUGAGGUGAUCUGGAUGCAGUGUCCCUGUCCCUCAUACUCCUGCAAUGUAAAUCAUUGAUGUUUUAAAGAAACUACAAUAAUGACAGCAGGACUAAGACUGCAAGAGACACCUUUCUCCAGCGCUGGGGACUCUCCUCCAUCUUCUGAUGCAUGCGCGGCAAGAGCAGCGAGCGCAUUCAAUCCGUCCAUAGGAAAGCAUUUCUCAAUGCUUACCUAUGGUCACAAGUGUCUUCACAGUGAGAACCGCGGAAGCCUCUAGCGGCUGUUAAUGAGACUGAAACUGCAAUGUUUACAGCUGCAGGGUUAACCCUAGAUGGACCUGGCACCCAGACCACUUCAUUGAACUGAAGUGGUCUGGGUGCAUAUAGUUGUCCUUUAAGAGCCCUCUGGGGAGGCCCAGAGGGCUCUAUAGUGUUAUUAAUACAGAUGUGUAUUACUAACGCUAUUAUUAUUUAUAAAUGAAGACAAGUUCCAUAGCGCUGUACGAUGGGUGGACUAACACACCUAUUUGUAACCAGAUGAGUUGAAUGCACAGAAACAGAGGGAUUGAGGGCCCUGCUCAAUGAGUUUGCAUUCUAGAGGGAGUGUGGUAUAGUGACACAAAAGGUAGGGUAGGGUAGAAAAGUAGGUUGCUAUUCCCUUUAAGGAACUUGUAUAUUAUACCCUGGAUGUCCCAUUCUAUGUAUAUUGAAAGCUUUUAUGAAAAUAAAAAGCACCACCAUACACCAAAAAAAAUCAAACACACAUAUAUUUCAUUUUUAUUUUUAAUGAUCAUCUUUUUGCAAAACAAAGGGCCCAAAAUGGUAUGUCUUAGAUAUGAACAAGUUGAUUUCUUACCAAUCGUCUGUCACAUAACUUCCAUAUUGGCUUGUUAUUGCAGCUCCACCAGAUUUUCCAUACAAGACACGGCGAGAGCUGCUGUGUGAUAGGCCUGAAGAAGAGCAACAAGUGACUGCAGCAGAAAUAAGAAGCCUGUCUGAAUUAAAUCCGCCAAUGCUCAUGCCCCAAGGUAAUGUUGGCACCCCUACUAAGUUCUUCCUGCAGCUAAUUCGCUCGUGUCGGAUGCCGCCAAGGCUCAUUGCACGAUUGGGCUUAAAAUUUUCUAGCAAGGGGCGUCGUUAUUCCAAGGUCCCGUUCUUGUAUUCUGGGACAGACACAGUAAAGGGCAAGAAGGCAGUCUAUACCGCAAGUGGCCAAGAGAUUAUCAAGGGUGCCAGUCUUGAAGAUUGUGUGAAAAGCUCAGAUGUGGAUCAAGAGGAACCUUCAAGUUCUGAUGAUGUAAGUUUGGGUUAAUUUAUGUAAGAUAUUGUGCAUAAAAUUUCAAGGUAAGCCAGAUAUUGAACUUGAUUAUAGGGAGCAAAUCUGAGUCCAUGUUUAAUGUUGUGCAAGCACAUUGGAAUUUCUUAAAGUAUUAUUGCGACAAAAAUCCAUUAAUUUGCCCAAUAAAUAAUUUUUCAUAUGUGUGACUCUCUAUACAACCAGUCUAGCCAAUCAAUGUUAUUAAGUUGAUGGAUUUAAACAGUACCAAGAACCCUCACAGGCGAGGGAGAUCUAUGGCACACUCACCACACGUGGAUUUCCACAUGCCAUGCCAUGUAAAGCAGAUAAACUUUGUCCUGGGGUCUUGCAUACCCUCUCAAAUGGCUUCACAAUGCUGAACAAUAAAAUGUCUGUGUAUAUGCUAAAGUAAAUUACUGUAUUAAAAGAACACUAGAGUGCCCUGAGGGUGCCCCCACCCUCAGGGUCUCACUCCCGUGAGGCUGAGGGGGUAAGGAAGGGGUUAAUCCCUUACCUUUUUUCCGGAGCUGGGACUCUCCUCCCUCUUCUUCCGUCAUUGGCUGAAUGCGCAUGUGCGGCAAGAGCCGCACGCGCAUUCAGCCAGUCUCAUAGGAAAGCAUUAUCAAUGCUUUCCUAUGGAUGCUGGCGUCUUCUCACAGUGAAUAUCACAGUGAGAAACGCAGAAGCGCCUCUAGUGGCUGUCAAUGAGACAGCCACUAGAGGCUGGAUUAACCCAUAAGUAAACAUAGCAGUUUCUCUGAAACUGUGUUUACUGCAAAAAGGGUUAAACCUAGCUGGACCUGGCACCCAGACCACUUCAUUAAGCUGAAGUCUGGGUGCCUAUAAGUCUGGGUGCCUAUAGUGGUCCUUUAAGAAUGUAUCCGUGAAUACUACAAAUUUUAUUUCCACUGUAAAACAUUGUAUUACACCGGCAGGCAUUCACUUUUAAGUAAAAGUCUUAUUGCAGAAUGUCAUAGAGCAAGAUAAAACAUUGAGCUAUACUAGUUCCAAUGACAAUUUCAUGGAUAGUAUCCUAUGUUUGUAGGACAAUGACACUUGUGAAGAAUGGGAAAGGCAUGAGGCUCUGCAUGAGGAUAUUACUACACAAGAGCGUAGCAAAGAGCGGUUGUAUGAGGAGAAGAUUGAACUGAAGUGGGAGAAAGGUGGCUCUGGUCUGGUCUUUUAUACAGAUGCUCAGCUGUGGCAAGAAGAGGAAGGAGGUAAUCUGUUUGAUAGUCUGUACUGUACUCAUUUCCCAUGUCAUAUUUUUCUUUAACUCUUUAUUUACUUUCAUGAUCAACCCUAAUAACUUCUUUGCUCGUUGAAUUCUGCCUCUGAGAAUACAAUCUAGCAAAGUAACACAGAGCUUGAAUUGAACUAGAUGGGUCCAUACUCUUAUCAUAUGAACUAAAGGAGUUAGUGGUGGUUGGAUAACUUGUGGUACAAGGUACUGUAAUAAUAGCAAAUCUUAGUAGCAGUAGAGGUUAACUUAUCUAAAAAGAGUAGGAAUAAUAGUCAAAUCACAAAAAAGAAAACUGGUGUUAAAUGAGGGGUUAUUUAGUGUUGUUGGUUCUGAGCAGUUGAGACUUUUGAUGGAAGCAAGACAGAUUGCGUCUCAUGCUCUGUACAUUAAAUACACUAAUUGAUAUGUUACGGGACAUAUCUACACAGAUGAGGUGUUUUAUUUUUCCAAAGGUUUUACAGCUAUGGAUAGGAGCUCAUGCAAACAUUUAUAUUAACAAGUAUUAAUGGACUUUCUAAGCAGGUAUUCCAGAGCAUACCUACAUUGUUUAUUUGGUAGGCCGACAAUAUGAAGGCAACUGUUUACUAAAUUUGUUAAAAGUACAAAUGAGAGCACCAGGCAGGGGGGAGGGAGCAUGCUCAUUAAGUCCAUAACUGUCGGUCUUAUAUGUGAUCUUUUAAGGCCAUUCGACUAUUAACUUCUGGUGUCUACUUACUUCUUUUUAUUGCAUGUUUGUUAACAUCUUGUUCAUAGUAUUUUUGUGUUUAUCCAUCUUAUAACAUGUUUUUCUUUAUAAGAUUUCGACGAGCAAACAGCUGAUGAUUGGGAUGUAGAUAUGAGUGGAUAUUAUGAUGCUGAAGCUGGGGACAAGGAUGCCAGAGACUACCUAAAAAUGCGUCUAGAGACAAGGAGGCGUAAUGGCCUGGACGAUGCAGAUUAUCAUGGUGUGGGAGGUUUUGAACAACACACCAAGGUUAGGAAAAUAUAUUGUCUGGUUAUAUAUCUAUCUACAGUGCAUUCAAAAAGUAUUCAUAUCCCUUAACAAUUUUUUAUUUUUUAUUUAUGUUGCUGUCUUGUGCUACAAUUGUUUCAAUUUUAUUAAAAAAAAAAAAAAAACACUUAUUUUUUUAAUGACAAUGCAAAACUCAGAUUGCUGGCACCAUUGCAAGUAUGUUAAAAAUGAAAGCCUGAAAUAUCAGACCGACACUCCAGACCCUUAUAGCAGAUUUGUUACUUUUGGGGAUCGCCGGUUAGUAUUUUGUGGCUGCAGUGCGCAGUGAAAGGUAGGUUUAUUUACCUGAAACUGUCCUUUGCGGUCACCAUCUUCUUCCUGGAGGUCCUCUUUGGCUCUUGACUCUUAAUUUGCAUCAGUGCUGUUCAUGUGUGAGAGUAUAACACUGAGACAAUGCCUAAAUCCAAUAGUUGUAACUUGUUAUGGCUGCUAGGAAUGGGUCAGAGUUGAUGGCGGAACUCUGUCUUUUGUCAACAUUUGCCAACCUCAGUCUAGGCUAUAAUACAAAGUAUUCUCUAUUUUGUCUUAAAGUAUCUUUGGAUUAUAAAGGAUUGCCAACAAAGUCCUCAUGGGUAUUUCAUUAAUAUUAUAUCUUUCUGAUAUACCAAGAAGUGAAACCUCAGUUAACUCCUACGAUUUGAUAAGCUUUCCAAAUGAUUAAAUACAGCUAGAAAAACUUUCCAAGUUAUUUAUCUACAGAAAUCCGCAUUAAAAUCACAUGGGAAGUUUUGAAGAUAAAUCAUUUGGAUUUCUUUCUAACAGUAUUGAAUCAUUUUGGAAAGCUUAUUAAAUUGAGGACUUAGUUGGCAGUAAUUUACAGGUAUUCCAGAGAAUACCUAAAUUGUUUAUUUGAUAGGCUGAUAAGUGAAAGGCAUCUAUAGUGGUUAUGGUGCUUGGAGUGUUCCUUUGUAGUCUUGGAGUUUAGAGCGCUUCUUAAUCCUAGUCUAGCUGUGAAAAGCUUUUGCAGUGUAGAUGUUUGUGUUUCUUGAUCUCGUUUAAUUGCUUUGGGAAGAAAGUCUGCUUUUGUUCGAUUUCAAUUUGGCUGAACCUUUUGAGUUUUAGUUUAAAAAAAAAAAAAAAAAUUACUGUAGCAAUGAGAGUGUUUUUGGAAAUAGCAGGGAUGAAUUUGGCUCAUUUCCGUUAGCAUUCAGUCGUUAUGGAAUACAGUGGACUACAGUGGGAUCAAAACAAAACCUGGAAUUUGAUUAUAUGUCUGUCCAACCGUAAUUCACCUCUUUCAUAUUAAGUUCACCAACACUUAUUAUAUAUCAUUUUAUUCAGGGAAACGGGGCUUUCAUUUAACAUCAAAUAGUUAGCUAAGAAAUAUAACAUAUAAAAAAGGGGAGAAAAUAAGAAUUUUUUUUUAUUUCUUUAAGUUUUAUAUGACAUUGUAACUGUGAAUGUCAUAAUACUGUUUGCUUUUACUGCAAUAAAAUACACAUAUUUGUAUUCCGCAAGGUCUCACGUGUAAAACAGUACCCCCUAUGUACAGGUUUUAUGGUGUUUUGGGAAGUUACAGGGUCAAAUAUAGCAUGUUACACUUUUCAGUUGUUUCACAUUGAAAUUCGCCAGAUUGGUUACGUUGCCUUUGAGACCAUAUGGUAGCCCAGGAAUGAGAAUUACCCCCUUGAUGGCCCCCUUUUGGCCAGUGUUUGUGACGUCUAAAAAAGACAGGACAUACCCCAUUUGCAAUACAUUGGGUUGUCUACUCUUGCAAAUGGUAUCCCAUAAUGGGGGUAAUUUUUAUUCCUGGGCUACCAUAGGGUCUCAAAGGCAAUGUAACCAAUCUGGCGAAUUUCAAUGUGAAAAAACUGAAACACAUGCCUUCUAUUUGACUCUGUAACUUUUGAAAACACCAUAAAACCUGUACAUGAGGGGUACUGUUAUAUUCAGGAGACUUCGCUGAACACAAAUAUUAGUGUUUCAAAACAGUAAAAAGUAUCACAACAAUUAAAUUGUCAGUGUAAGUGUCAUUUGUGUGUGAAAAAUGCAUCUUUGUAAUACAUUUUACUGGUAAACGCUAAUAUGUGUUCAGUGAAGUCUUACGAGUAAAACCGUACCCCCCCCCCCCCUAUGUACAGGUUUUAUGGUGUCUUGGAAAGUUACAGGGUUAAAUAUAGUGCUAGCAAAUUAAAUUCCAUGGACUUUCGGCCUGGGUUGUCAGGCAGGUCCCACAAAUUGUAAUUAAUAAAAUGACCUAGUUAUUUAAAAUAUUACAUAAAUAUACGUAGAAUUAUUAUUAAAAUAUAUAUAUUUUGUGUGCGGGAUAAUAGUGGAUGUAUGAAUAAAUGAAUGUGAUUUCGAUAAUAACAAAAGUUGAGGUGUGCCGAAACCAACGAGAGGUUAGACCUGCAAUAAAGAGGGCAAAAAUUAAGAAAGAAUUUUCAUUUAUUUCACACGUAACAUUUAUUUAGACAUAUUAUAGAAAGCAAGGCUGAUUUCCUUCUCUGGGUUUGGAAUGUACCUAUUGUAUGCAGAGGAUUUCCAGCGACCCAUAUUCUUAAUGAUAUGUGUCGGCACAUAAUCGACAGACGCUGCUGUGGAUGCCCCAAUUCGAAAUGAAUGACCUGAGAAUGAGGCUGGAUUGAAGCUUAGUCUGAGUAAUAGUGUGUGUAUGUGUAGCAUGAAUUGUUUGGUGAUAAGUGGUUUUCCGUAAAGAGAUAACAGUGGGUUAUCAGGGUUUUUAAAGGACCACUCUAGGCACCCAGACCACUUCAGCUUAAUUAAGUGGUCUGGGUGCCUGGUCCAGCUAGGGUUAACCCAUUUUUUAAUAAACAUAGCAGUUUCAAAGAAACUGCUAUGUUUAUCAAUGGGUUAAGCCUUCCCCCUAUUCCUCUAGUGGCUGUCUCAUUGACAGCCACUAGAGGCGCUUGCGUGCUUCUCACUGUGAUUUUCACAGUGAGAGCACGCAAGCGUCCAUAGGAAAGCAUUGUAAAUGCUUUCCUAUGCGACGGGCUGAAUGCGCGCGCAGCUCUUGCCGCGCGUGCGCAUUCAGCCCAGGAGGAGGAGAGGAGGCAGAGAGCUCCCCGCCCAGCGCUGGAAAAAGGUUAGUUUUUAACCUUUUCCCCUUUCCAGAGCCGGGCGGGAGUAUGUUUUCCUGGCACUAUAGUGGUCCUUUAAUGGUCUGAUUCUAAAUUAAAUUGUCCAGCACUUGAACUGGACACCAUUUGGAAAAGGUAGGCUAAGAUUUAAUUUCUACUGUGGUGCUUGUCUGGUUUGUUUUAGUAUGGGGGAUCGAUGGUAUGUAAUGGUCGUUUACUUUUAAGUAUUUUUGCUUAAGGCAUGACUUGAGGUAGGACGUUUUUUCUACUGAAAAUUGUUGGGUCUUAAAAACCUGAAAAAAGACAGAUAAGCUGCUGACUUGAUUACCAGGUUAGUGGUAUUGUCAAAAGGAUUUUUGCCUAAUAAUUCUCAGAUUUUUCUAAAGAUAUUACUGUCUAUGGGAAGUCUUUUCAGGGGUUUUUGAACUUUUAUUCUUUGAAUAUCUUUCAGUAUGGUUUUUGACCGGAUAUGUGGAUAAGAUUGGUGUUUUGUUUGGGUAAAGUGCCAACAUGGAAUGUUGUAUGCUUGUCAAGUAUAGUUUAAUAGUAUUAUAUGCUAGUUUCAAAGAGAAGUGGCAAAAAGUUGUGUAUGCAACCAUAGUUUCCACAGAAAGGACAUUUAUUACAUUAAAGUCACACACAAACUUUUUAAACCGUAUGCUCUAGCAUAAGCUUUUUCGGUGUUAACUGACAAUCCAGCUUGUGCGAGUAUUCUGCUGUGUUUUAAUAAUUUAAAGCAUGAUUAGGCCUUUGAACUGUGGAGGUUCUUUGGGAUGAACGUUCGUUGUAGGAUGAAGUCUGAAAAACUCCUGGAAAUUAGAACGUGACAGAGCAUCAGCUUAUACAAAACGCCUGGAACAUGGAUACAAUAUAAGUAGAACCUAAAAUUAGCUGCCAACCAGGUAAGUUUCCUUCCUAAAUUCAUAAUCGUAAGGGAUUGAGAGCGGUCUUUGUUAAUAAUUGUCUGGAUACUGAAUUUAGCAUAAUACCCAGGAAAGUUAUUUCUGUACUGGGACCUUUCGUUUUGUCUGGGCUACAGGAACACCCAAUUCCUUGAAUAGGGAAAGUUUGCGUUGUAAACUGUAUGGUAUGUAGUAGUGUGGUUUAAUAGAGAGAAAAUCCUCAAGAUAGGUGAUCACAACUGGACAUUUACUUUUGUUAAGUAGAGCCAGGUCAAGUUAUCUGCGAAUAUAUUGGAAAAAUUUUUGGUCUACUUUUGGAACCAAAAGUCAGUCUUGUCACAAAAAUAGUAUUUAUCCUCCCACUUAACGCCAUGCAGAUGCUAGAGUGAUUGAUUGAAUUGGUAGUAGUUUAAAAGCAUUUGUGAUGUCUGUUUUACUUAACCAGGCUGCCUUGCUAAAGUUAAUAAUAGCUUGUAUGGCAUUGUCAAUUUUUUUGCAUAUGUAAUGAGAAGUCUUCUGAUGGUAUUAUUGAACUUAAACUAGGGUUAGUGGAAGAGUCAGGGGCUGAGAAAUCAAUAACGAGUCUCUUUUUGUUAAAUCUACCUGCAGCUAUGCCUCUAGGGUUUGUUCUCCAAGAGGUGAACGGUGGAGUAGAGAAGGGCCCUAUCAGAAAACCAUUCUUGAUUUUCUUUAUUGAGUAGUUCUUGUAAAAAAGUUGGGUCUGUUAGUGCUGAUUGUAGGUUGGGGCAUUCUAGGAUGCCUGGGGGGAGUGCACCAAAGCCCGUGUGAAACCUAUUGCACAAGAUGGUGUUUUUAGUGCUGCAAAAUGUCUACAGAACAACUGUGUCUAACUUGUCCCAGUCAGUACAAAUUAUACAAAUGGAACAAAUUGAGAGCACUCAUUGGAUUUAGUAAACAAAAAAAUAUAUUAAAUCAAACGCAUAUAAAUCAACGUUUCGACCGUCUAGCGGUCUUUAUCAAGAUCUUGAUAAAGACCUCUAGACGGUCGAAACGUUGAUUUAUAUGCGUUUGAUUUAAUAUAUUUUUUUGUUUACUAAAUCCAAUGAGUGCUCUCAAUUUGUUCCAUUUGUAUAUUUUGCACGGAGAGGCACCUGGUCAUUGCUGAAUUAAUGCUUUUGCUAUGGGAUGAGUACCAGAAACUAUUGUGAGAUAGAGAAUAUAUAUAUAAAUUUUUAUUUAUUUCAGGCUGCAGGGGGACUACCUGUAAUUACAGGUGCUCCCCCUGCUGGCACUGCUGUGGACAGCUAUGCCGUCCAUGUGAUCGAGAGGUCCUCGCAAGGACCUCUCAAUCACAUGGCCCAGGAGGGAGUUCCCCCCCACCGCGAUCGCCGGGGAGCGGAUAAGUACAUAGGACGGCAGGGACGUGCUAUGCCAUCCUUCAGUGGUUAAUUGAGCCAAACUAAAACAGCUGAAUUUGCAAAACCGAAUUUGAUAUUUAUUGUAUAGACCUUGCAGUGCAGAAUGUAAUGCUUCCUGUGAUAAAUAAGCCUUCUCUCUAUUCACAGGGUAUUGGAAGGAGAUUGAUGGAGCGCCAUGGAUGGACUGAAGGGACUGGACUAGGAGCUAGGGGAGCUGGAAUGCCUGAUGCUUUGGAAAACGAUGGCCAGAACCCAAAAUGCAAGCGAGGCCUGGGGUGAGUUUAGAUAAAUUAAAUAGUAUAUGGUGAUUUUAUUUUGGAUUUAUGGCUAAUUCAUUAAACCUAUUUUAAACAGCUACCACGGGGAGAAAUUACAGACCUUCUGUUCAGUAAAGAAAAGACCCUCUCACUUCAUUUCAACUGUUUAUGAUGAACCACAGCCCCAAGACAUGGGAGACAUGCUACUCAGAAGACAGCCCACUACUGCAAUGAAGUAUCAUAGGAACACCGUGUAUAAUGGUGGCAAAACAUAGCUUUCAUGUUCAGAGCAUAAUUUGUAAAUUCAAGAUUGUUUGCAACUGAAGGACAUUGAUUUUGAUUACAGAUGUCAGCCACUGCACCAGAACUUUUAUUACAUUUCAAAACCAUAUUAAUAUAAGUGAAUCAGACUUUUUAGAGCUAUUUAUUUGACUUGAAAAGUGAAUCCAUAAUUUUUUGUCAUUUUAAAAUAAACGUACAUGGAUUUUAUUAAGCUUGUAGUGAAAUAAUUGGGGCUUACAGUUUUCACUCUUUUGUCAUGAAUUAAAUAGUUAUGCUGUGAGAUUGUGCACAAUGUACUUUGACUUGAGAAUGUUAUGUGUAAGGAGUUAAAUCGGUUUCAAAUACUUUCACAACAAUGCAGUUUUAAUUUCACAAAAU